AAGCAAACGACUAAAGCAUUUAAACGCAGAUGUACUCGAGGAAUGAGAUCUUGGUUGUUGCGGGAUCAGUCGUUCUACGAAGCGCAAUCUCGCUUUGCCUGCCUGGUGUGUCAAAGACGCUGCAGUCAUCGAUACAACUCUCAACCUUGAUGACCUCACACGCGUCGUUGUUGGAAGGUAUAUACCUACAAGAGCUUGGAUUAGAUCCAUAUGACGGAGGCUUGGUACAUCAGGCGCCACUGCUGGUCUCGUUGAUGUCACAACUACAGGGCACAUACGAUCUGCUGUACCCGCUAAUUGAUGCGUACAUCGUCAUCACACUGAUCAAGCUUGCCAAAGCCAAAAACUUAAAGCUGGCACCUUGGAUUGUCGGUGCCAGCUAUGCCUUCAACCCUAUAGCUGUGCUAGCUAACCAGGCCAAGUCCAGCAUGAUCUUUACGAACGCCUCCAUUGUCAGUGCCCUGUACUAUGCAGUUGAAGGCUACGCUUCCCUAAGUGCUCUAUGGAUUGCAAUUGCCUCGUAUCUGAGUUAUACCCCAGUUUUCCUCAUCAUUCCAUUGACAAAGGUUGUGGCUAGAGCCGGGAAUGUACUGAACUUCAUCUCCGUGUUGAUAUUGUCUGUGGGGCUGCUCAUCGGUGCAAGUUACCAAAUAACCGGAGAUUGGAAGUUUUUAAACUCCACUUAUAUGACGGUGAUUUCAUUCUCUAAGAUUGCUCCAAAUAUGGGACUGUGGUGGUAUUUCUUCACUGAGAUGUUUGAGUUCUUCAUCCCAUUCUACACAAUGGUAUUUUCACUGUACAACGUUGCAUUUGUCGUACCAAUAGCGUUGAAAAUAGAAGGCCUGUUUGCCUUUGUGAUGACCAUUGGAUGGCUGAACUUCAGCAAACCGUACCCUGAACUGACAGACUUGCCGGUAUACCUCUCGCUGCUGUUGAUUUUGGAGCCGUGCUUUCCUUAUCUGGGUUACGUGCUGCUCUCUGCCCUCCUGUUCCUCCAUUCGAUCAUCCUUGCCCCAAUCUUCUACCACCUGUGGAUCGACUUGGGAUCUGGCAAUUCCAACUUCUUCUACGCAAUCACACUCGCAUACUCCUUGGCCAUGGCAACCACCAUUGGUGAUUUCCUGUGGGCCUAUGUCCAAAUGUCCUACCACGAUGAGCAUCCAGAGGAGAAGAACGUCAAGCUAUCGCAGCUGUGAGGUUCUUUUAUAUGGGGACAUAUUGAACCGCACUAUAUAACAGCCUUGAUGGAACCACUGGUGUUCCACAAUACAACUCAGUAAGC